AUGAAAGAGAGUGGGUCUCUGUUUUGUGUCUGUACAGAGGUCGAACUCUAUACUCAUCAUUCAACUACACGACAACUAGUGUCCUAUCUUACAACGCGUCCGCAGCCUUCGCAGAAUCCACUGCUUGACGGUGUUGGACUUCAUCUGACGGCAGUUCAUCUGGUCGACUCGCACUACUGUUCCGAUCCGGGAAAGUUCAUCUCCUGUCUGCUCACCUCUCUGAGCACAAUGUUACAAUUGGGGUUGCCGCAUGUGAAUGUGUUGAGCAAAGCAGAUUUGGUGGAACAAUUUGGCGAGUUGGAUUUCAAUUUGGACUUUUUCACUGAAGUUCUCGAUUUGCAGUACCUUGUGGAUAAGAUCAACAAAACGAACGAUCCGUUCAUGACCAAAUAUGAACGACUGAAUCGAGCCUUGAUUGGCGUGAUUCAGGACCAGUCAUUGGUGCAAUUUCUUCUCCUGGACAUCCAGAAUAUGUCUCACAUGGAACGCGUCAUGCGUUAUGCGGAUCGUGCAAACGGUUACGUGUUCGGCCCAGCAGAGCAGCACAGCUUGCAGACACUGAUGCACAUGGCUUCCGGGGUUGAAAUGUGCACCGAAUGGAUCGGUCUAGCCCAAGAGAAGUACAUGUCCUCCGGUCAAGCGGAGGAUGACCAACAGGAACCAGAAAUCGAUUUGUUCUCUUAG